GCCCAUGAGAUAAAAAGGGGAGUGGAAAUAUGAAAUGAAAUGCCAAAACAAGCAAAAUGAGAAAGGUAUCUUAAUUUCAGCUCACUUUUUGAAUUUCCCAGACUCUCUCAGAAACUGUAAAACCUAAAAAGUCGCAAUCCGAGAAAUAUUUGAAAUUCGUACUAGGUGACUGAGUUGAUGAAAUAGAAGGGACUGAGCUGAAAUUUUAGGGAUCUGAGGAAGCUGUAGAGAGUAUGGCUUGUAGAGGGUGCUUGGAGUGCAUACUGAAGCUCCUCAACUUCUUUCUGACCCUUGUGGGUCUUGCCAUGGUUGGUUAUGGGAUUUACUUAUUUGUUGAGUAUAAAAGAGCAGGUGAUGAUGUAUCAAUGGCUCCUGUGAGUGGUGGUCCAGGUUUGAUAUAUCUUGGUCGUCCAAUGCUUAUAGCUGUAUCAUUUUUGGAAAGUAUCCUUGAUAAGCUGCCAAAACCUUGGUUUAUUUACUUAUUUAUUGGUGUAGGAGUGGUUCUCUUCAUCAUCUCUUGUUUUGGUUGUAUUGGAUCUAUAACACGGAAUGGAUGCUGCCUCAGUUGUUUUAUGAUGACUGAUUUCCUUGAGCAAACACAGUAUUCAGUAUUGGUUAUCUUGUUGAUAUUGGUAGAAUUGGGAUGUGCAGCCUUCAUUUUCUUUGACAAAAGUUGGAAAGAAGAACUUCCUACUGACAAAACUGGUGUUUUUGACCUGAUAUAUGAUUUCCUGACAGAAAACUGGAAUAUUGUGAGGUGGGUUGCUCUUGGAGUUGUAAUUUUAGAGGCUCUACUUUUCGUGUUAGCCCUUAUGGUUAGGGCUGCAAACAGGCCGGCAGAUUAUGAUAGUGAUGAUGAGCUAAUUACCCCAAGACAGCAGAGGCAGCCUUUGCUUAACAGGCCACCAGGUCCUGCAACAGGUGUGCCUGUUACUGGUACCCUUGAUCAGCGACCUAGCAGAAAUGAUGCUUGGAGCACGCGUAUGAGGGAAAAGUAUGGGCUUGAUACUUCCGAGUUCUCGUACAACCCAUCGGAACUCCACAGGUUCCAGCAAGUGUCCACGCAGCCCGCAGAAGAAAGGAGCCGAUGCACCAUCAUGUGAUAACUUAUGGGUUUGCUGGGAUUGGUUUUUGCGGAAGAAUUUCUUGGACAAGGGCGUGAGUUUUUUUUAUUCUGGGUUUGUGUACAAUAGACAUUGUUCAGGAGUUUUAACCCAUCCUUACCCUUCUUUGUUUAUCUUCUCAAAAACUUCCUUUCUUUCUGUAUGCAUUGUUAUUAAUAUUCAAAAGCGUUGUCCUUUUUUUUA